GCUUAUUCGAAAUUGCAAUUGCAGUUAAACUGAAAGGCGUUCCAGCCACUGGAUUUAGAUUCUCGCUGGUUAAUUGGACGAAUGAUGGACCCAAGACCUUACCACUUGGUGGUGUUCCUGCUGCUCUAUUUGUUGAUGCUGGCCUCCUUUCUCCGGCCACUGAUGAGCAUAAGCAUAAGCGUUGACUCGCUCUUCUUUAGUGCCAACUACGCUGCCGUGGUGGGUCUCACCUUCAGGUUAAAUCUGUUCAUGGUGAUGGCAGCGUUGCCCAUCACCAUCCUGACUGUCAUUGCCAUCGCGAAGUGGAACGAGGCAACAGAACAUCCCACGGCCUCGCGCUCAUUUGUAUCGUUCGUGAUUGGCCUGUAUGUGGCAUUGCUGAUCGCCAACUUUGCCGCCAAUGGCCUGGUCAUGCAGAACACGCUCGGUAGGUUCCAGCAACCCCCACUGGCCUGCUGGCGCAUGUACGGAGAUCUGCUCAUCGCCUUCUGGGAAUAUCUCGUGGCCAGCAUCGAGAGCAUCGUCACCAGGCAAGCGGUAACGGUUCCCGUGCUAGUCUACGUUCUACAUUAGUUGCAGUUCCCAAAUUCGUACUGUUCUGUGUAAACAUAAUUAAACAUGACAUACUCUUCAACAAAAA